AUGUACUACCCAGGCUUACCAAGACUAGACUACAAGCUCUACUCACCGCCGAACUUCAGCCUGUCGACAGACUGUAUCGUUCUCUCUUCCAGGUCAGACCAUCUGUCAGCGAGCGCCAAUGCCCUUCUAUCCCUCAUCAGGACCCAGGCAAGCAUCCCGCCCAAGCCUCUCAUACACAUGAAAGGGACGCGAGGACGCAAGGUCGACUUCGACAUCAAGCUCAAUCUGAUGGGAUUGCUGGUGCCGGAUGACACGAGCAAGCGCAUGCAGUACAUUCGCUGUGUCAGUGAGGGCGAGAUGGCGUACAGGGGCGGAGUAAAGCCAGACGUCAUUCCCGAAGUUGGCGAAAGAGAGCUUGAGGAGUGGUGCCGCCGCUUUGUUGAAGAUCCAGCGCAGGUCAAAAGUUUCGGUGAGGACCCUAUCCAAACCGUAUCUACUUUGUCGAGCUGGCACUUGAUCGAGUAG